CUUGUUAAAAAGUAAACGUUUUUGUCAUACUUUUUACCGUAUCCGAAAAACUUAAUGUUAGCAAAAUAAUUGCGAGUAUAUGCAUUUCUAUCGUUCGUAUUAAUAAUGAAUCAACGUUACUAUACUUAAAACAACGAGUUAUUACUUUAGCAGGCGCUUUAGUUCUAAAAAUGGACAUGGAAGACCAAGCGAAUAUGUCUAGCGAAUCCGCUCCAAUAGUGAAUAAUGUAGGAGUGGACACCGUGGUCGAAAAUAGAAGACAUUUGGAAGAAGAAUUUAAUAUGCAGAGAGCAAAAAUGAAAGAGCUGUUUUUACAAAAAGAAGAUGAUCUAAGGAAGCUUUGUUUGGAGAAGGAACAGCUUGACUCUGAAGUCUUAGGCCUGAGAGCUGAACUCCAGCAACUUCAGACUUUUACUGAGAACCAAAAAUCAGAGAUACAGAGCUUGCAGAUGUUAGUUAGUGAAACAAUUGAAGUGUCAUCCUCGGGCACAGAGGAGAUCCGACGUCUCAAAGCUAAGAACUCGGAGCUUGAACAACAGUUACAACAACUUCGCACACAACAACAGGAGGUGUCGUUGGCUCCGGCUACAUUUGUGCGGUCCCUCGCGCGUAAACUUGGCGCCGACACGGAGAUCGACCAGCCAGUUAAGAAGAACGUGGAAGAUGGGGAGCUGCUGCAAGCCAUCAUUCAGCCCAUGGAGAUGGAGAUCGUCGCUCUUAAGAAUAAGUUGAGAGACACGGAUACACGUCUACAGGAGGCUAUGAAAUCGGCUCCGACAUCAGGGAAUACGGGAAGUAGUUCCGGCGAUGGCAAAACAGAUCCAGAAAGCGCAAAGAGUCAGGCGGCGUGCGACAUGUGUGCCAACUACGAGAGGCAGCUGGUCGCGGAACAGAGUCGAGCCGAUGCCGCUCGAGAGAGGGCUACUCGAGCCGAGAGCGCGCUAAAACUGGCGACGGAGGAGUUGGAAGGCGUCCGGUCGAUCCACGACGAGACCGUCCGCAGCUGGCAGGCUGAGCGCGCCGACAGCUCGGCCCGGAUCGACGUCCUGAGCCAGACCUUGGGCGAGGGUCACGAUCUUGUCGCCGAGCGCUGUGCUGCCGCCGAAGACGCCUCUCGAAGGGCCCUGGAACUGGUCACCACGCUCACGGUGGACCGGGAGACGCUGCAGAAGAAAUUAGAUAGCUUAGAGAGAGACAACGCCAUGUUGAUAGGGCAGUAUGCGAAGAAGGCAGUCGAGAUGCAAAACGAAGUCAUCGAUCUGCCCGAUAACGUUAUAGAAUUACAAGAGCAAUGCCUUCAACUGCGCGAGCAGCUCAUUUUCUGUCAGCUCGGCCGUGAAGAAGGAGCCGCCAGCGAACAAGAGCUGAGGAACCAACUUUUGUCCCACGGAGCCCUGCUGCAUCAGCAGGAGGCCGCCCUGGCCUCCGCCGACGCCGAGCUGAGGGGGUGCAGAGACGAGCUGGACAGGCUCCGGACUGAGCGGGAACAGAUGAAUGAACUCGCAAACAAGCUGAGGAACUCCACGGAUAUGAUUGAGAAACUUCUAGAAGAUAAGAAACGUCUGCAAGGUGAGGUGUCGGAGACCAGAAAUCGCGUGUCCGUCCUGCAACAAGAACUGGACAACAGCGAGAAGGUCCAACAGGACUUCGUCCGGCUCUCGCAGUCCUUGCAGGUGCAGCUUCAGCGCAUACGAGAAGCGGACACGGAGGUUCGGUGGCAGUUCGACGAGGACGUCGGCGAGUGCCCCUCUUGCCACGCGCCUCUGCCCAACAGUAGGAAAAAGAUCCACUGCAUGCACUGCGGCCGGAUAUUCUGCGGUCCGUGCGUGAACCACUCCGUCCCGAGCGGGCCGAGGGGCGCCCCGGCUCGGGUCUGCUCGGUCUGCAGCACUCUCCUGCAGCCCCACACGGCGCCCUACUUCAGCACCAAACCCCCGAACUCGCCGGACUAACGAACUUGGUGUGUGAGGAGUACAGACGCGUCGACGCGCUUUCGAUACAAAAUAUAAAAAUGUUUUUCAUCACAAUUAGUGACCGUCAUUGAUCGAGGAUGUUAUUUGUCUUCGUAAUCCUCGGUAUUAAUUAAAGGAACUAAAGGUGAGCGUCCACUGUGGUGCUGUGAAUUAGAGCCUUAUUGUUAUUUAGUAUCUAUGAGUUACGUCGGACGGACCGCGUGAACGCGCCGUUGCGCCACAGAUUUCCUUGUUAUCGUCCAACAAAUUCACUCGUAACCCGGCAAAUACGAUAUAACAGUUAUCAAAAAGUUUUGUUUUCUUGUAAGUAGUUUCACUUUCUGCGAGUAAAAUGAGAAUUCGUCAUAAAUAUGAUGUAAAUAGUAAAGUACGUAGAUAGAAUGAAUUUAAUCUAGAAGCAGUAAAUUUCUAUUGUAAUCUGUCGACCAAUGCUCGAGCGAUGAGCCGAACCUGAUCGACUUUACUUCCUUUUAAAACUUUCCAUUCAAUUAUAUUUUUACGUUUACGGUACUACUAUAAAUGUGUUAGUUAAUGUUUACGUUGAGAACUAAAUCAAAGAAACCGACCAAAAACAACAUAGUAGUGAUUAUCUUUAUUUUUAUGAAGUAAAAAAAACAACAUAUAUUUUGUUUUUAUAGUAUAUAGAGAAAUCGACUCCAUAAAAUACUCCGAGUAAUAUUCAAAACCCGAAUUGAUAAUUUAGAAAAUACAUCACUAGACCAAAACAUUACCUCUAAGAUCUUAACAAUUUAUCUUUCAUUGAUGCUAAAAUCUGUAAUAAAUAGACCAAUGAAAACUUACCGAUGUGUAUAUAUAAUUUUUAGGCUUUCGUGGGCUGUUUUGACAAAUUUGUGCCCUUUCACCACAAUUUACACUGAAGUAUAAUUAAUUAUAUUGCAUAUGUACCAAUUUUUGUAAAUGACAUCUUGUCACAUUAACGAACUUUAAAAAUGUGUAUGAAUGAUACUCAAUUUCAUGGUAUAUUCAAUGAUCCAUCCAUUUGAGAAAUAAGCUUUAUUUAACUUUUAGUUUUGAAUGGUUUCUAUGAUUUAUUUCCCAACAUAAAAUGUAAUGUCUGAUAGCAUCCAUAGCCACAAGCCAUAUCCAUAGCCGGAGACAUUGAUUUUUAAAAAAAGUGCCAAUUCUGUCUGAUUUCAAACCGGUAUAAAGUUGAGUUGAGAAAAAUGUUAAAAGUCAAAUAUGAUAAGUUUUAUUGUAAAUAAACAGAUCU